UAAAAAAAUAAAAAAUACAAUUUUUGUACAAGUAAGAAAUUAAUUGGAAAUUUAGACAAAAAACAAAAUAAAACUUUAAAUUAAACAAUAUAUAAAAAUCAAGUUUAUUUUUGUCUCUGUGUCCACUUAGACAGGAGUUUAGGCCAUUUACCUUUUUACUUAAAAGUCCCAAAUACGCGCAGGCGCAGAAACCCUCCUGCAAGUUUAUCUGAUUUAUGGAAUUACGCGGGGCGUUGAGUGCGCCUGCGCGAGAAUCCCUCGCUCUUUGAGGGUGGAGCUUCCGUUUGACGGACAGCUGUUUUUUUCACUGCGCAGCUGCGUCGCAGCUGAAAUGUCGACUCCAGAUGCAGGUGGUGCUCCAGGAGCUCCCGGGGAAGGAGAAGGGGGCCCUCCGGCCGCGGCCCCGAAUUUGACGAGCAACAGGCGACUGCAGCAGACCCAGGCGCAGGUUGAUGAGGUGGUGGACAUCAUGCGCGUGAACGUGGACAAAGUGUUGGAGCGAGACCAGAAGCUGUCGGAGCUGGAUGACCGGGCGGAUGCUUUGCAGGCUGGAGCCUCACAGUUUGAGAGCAGCGCGGCCAAACUCAAGAACAAGUACUGGUGGAAAAACUGCAAGAUGAUGAUCAUCAUGGGAGUUAUAGGUGUCAUAUUUGUCGGAGUCAUUUUCUUGUAUUUCUUCAAAUGAGCUUUUCUUCAAAGAUGAUCGCAUACGCCACAGGACAAGUACACACAACACAGACCCGUCUUCUCUCCUGCUCCUUGUCCUCCUCAUCAGCAGAAACCUCAUGGGUGGCCUUUGACCUUCUCCUUCUCCAGCCCUGCAGCUUUACAGAUGAUGUGAGCUCAGGAGGUUUUAUGGCUUCAGUUGAUUUUUUUUCUUUUACCUAAAUGUAGCCAAAUGGAGAAACAUUCCUGUUUUUGCAGAUGUUUUGCAGAAUUUAUAAAAAUUAGUACUGUUUUGUUAGUGGAGCAUUACAAAUUCUAAAUCUUCUAAGUCAAUUUUAGACUCAAUAUAAAGUGAAGAAAAUGACAUUUAAAAUAACGGUAGUCACUAUUUUUGUAGACUUUUUAAUUGUUUAAACAGAAUAAAUUCAGCUACAAGUGAAAGUAUUUUUCUUGCGAUGUUUUCUUUAAAAAAAAUUAAAAGCAUGUCACUUAAAAUUAAAGUUAGUUUUGAUUGGGGAAUUUUUAGGAAGUAAAUUCACUUGAAUACUAAGAGGUGUAAGACUUUUUCCUGUGAAAUGCUUCAAAAGUUUAAUUCAGGAGAUGUUUGGUGAACUCGUGUCUGCUUUUCAGCUGCUUGUGAAGCUCUUUGUGCUCCUGUCCUGAACUUUCUGCUUUUCUUCUGAAAAUAAAAACACAGAACGUUC